UCUUCUAGUGGCCUGUGACGUCAAGGGCGGGCGGGAGGCGAGUUGGGCUGGUCUCCCCGGGCGUCUGGAAGCGGGCACCCGGAGGGAAGAUGGUCUACAUCUCGAAUGGACAAGUGUUGGACAGCCGGAAUCAGUCCCCAUGGAGGUUGUCUUUUAUAACAGAUUUCUUCUGGGGAAUAGCAGAAUUUGUGGUUUUUUUUUUCAAAACUCUGCUUCAGCAAGAUGUGAAGAAGAGAAGAGGCUAUGGAAGCUCGUCCGGCUCCAGAUACGAUGAUGGAAGGGGGCCACCAGGAGACCCUCCACGAAGAAGAAUGGGUCGGAUCAAUCAUCUUCAAGGCCCCAGCCCCCCUCCAAUGGGUGGUGGAUGAGGAAGGUAAACGUCUGCUCUAAGAAGCAGACAACUAGACACACGUGUGUGUAGAAGGGAGCCACCACGAGAAGAGCAGCUCAUGCAGGACAAGAUGGUGUGUGUCUAAAACAAGGACUGUUCUGUGUCCUCACAGAUGAAUGAGGUCAUGCUGGGAAUUCCCUCUGCAGGAUCUGGCCUGACUGAUGUGCAGUUCUAUAAAUGUACAUGUUUGUCUCCUUAUCUUUUUGUAUAGUUUACUAAAGUGUUAAUAUAGUUUUAAUAAGUAAAUAUUUUUAGGUUGCUAAACUUGAUUCCUCAUCUUUAUAUGAUUAAACUCAGAAUCUCUGAUCUGGAAGAAAUAAAGGCUAUGUAUUUA